AUGUCUUCUUCCUCUUUUAAAGACCAUAAUCAACUACAAUUUGUGAACGAAACAAUUAAUUCCGCUGAAGAUAGGCCUAAAUUUAUCACACAUGUUAAAGUUCCCUAUCCUCCACCGAUUAAACCUGAGGAACUUGUCAUUCCAAAGAAAAAUGGUGAAGUUCCUUCAAGGUCCCCAAAUCCUUUUAUAAUCUAUCGAAGACUGUACCAUAGAGAAUUGAAAGCGAAAAAUUUGACACUUAAAAUGACAGACGUGUCUUCUAUGGCAUCUACUUCUUGGAAAAAGGAACCAAAAUCGAUCAAGGAUGCAUAUUUUCAAAUCGCGGAAAAGGCUCGAAAUAUGUUAACAGAUACACGACAAAAAUCUUUGACUUUUUCACGACGUAAACGGAAACCAAAUUUGAGUUCGAUUUCCAACAACCAUAAUCGCUUUGUGAAUUCUAAUAACCAAAAAAGAUCAACAACUUAUUCGCCUACUCUAAUUAAAUCUUCAUAUAAAAAACAGAAAUCUUCGUCAGAUUUGGUUCAAUCACUAAAAGAUUUUGAAAACUGUUUUGGAAUUACAACUGCAAAUUCGGAUAAUAUAUCACAAACUCAACAAACUAUGUCGUCACCUUCGUAUUCUUUUUCACUUGUAAAUAAAUUGAUGCUGUCCGAAAGUAUUGGCAAUAUUUACGAACAAUAUUCAAUUCCAGAUCUGCUUGGAUAUUCUGAUGGUGAAAAUUCUUCGCCUUCUACGGAUGGUGGAAAUUUUGACAAAUUUAAUCAACAAGCGCAAAUCAUCAUGUCCCCCACUGCUGAUACAUUAAAUAAUGACUUUGACAAUAUCUAUAUCAAUAAUAAUACUAGUAGCAACAUAACAACUCAAGCCAAAGGCUAUUUAUUACAUCUAAAACCAUUUCUUUCGCGUCUAAUUCAUUUUGUGGUUGAUGGCGAGGAUACAAAUCAAGUUGAAAACACUAUUGAUUUAAAUGAAGGGCCAUUGAGAUGA